AAUUAAUCUUUCUUGUCUCUUCUUCUGUAUUUAUUUCUGUCUGUCAAAGCAGAAGAAGGACACCAAUCCAUAACGAACAGCAACCAAAGAUGCGAGACACUAUUGUCCUGUGCCCAGCUCCAACCAUGGGCCAUGUAGUCUCCAUGGUAGAGCUAGGCAAGCUUAUCCUCCACCGCUACCGCCACCGCUUCUCCAUCACCAUCCUCCUUAUUACCGUUGAAUUCUUCGAAACCCCAGGCCUUGUUUCAUACAUCAACGCCAUCUCUCAAACCUACCCUUCUAUCUCCUUCCGUCGUUAUCCUCCUGUCUCCUACGACACAACUAUCAAUCGCAGCAAGCCUGCCGUACUCUUUGAGUGCAUACUCCUCAACAAGCCUAAUGUUCUUGAUUCCCUUCAAGAAAUCUCAAAGAAAGAUAAAAUCUCUGCUUUUGUUAUUGAUCUCUUCUGCACUUCUGCUCUUUCUCUAGGUAAAGAUCUAAAAAUCCCCACUUACUAUUUUUUCACUUCUGGUGCUGGUUGUCUUUCUGCCUUCUUAUAUUUCCCUAAAAUCCAUGAACAAUACGAUGAGAACUUCAAAGAUCUCGCAAACACUGUCCUUUAUUUCCCUAACUUGCCACCUCUUAAAGCUGUUCACAUGCCGGAACCGAUGCUUUCUAGAGAUGAUCCUUCCUAUUAUGACUUGCUAUACUUCUGUUCGAAUCUCCCAAAAGCUGAUGGAAUUAUUGUUAAUUCCUUCAACGAUCUGGAGCCGAAAGCUGUCAAGACAAUUGCAGAUGGUGUCUGUGUUCCUGAUGCACCAACUCCUCCUAUUUACUAUAUUGGACCUUUGAUUGAUCAAGGCAGUAGUGCAGCUCAGCAUGAUUGUCUAUCUUGGCUUGACAAGCAACCCAGCAAAAGUGUGGUGUUUUUGUGUUUUGGAAGCCGUGGAUCUUUCUCAGUUGAACAAGUUAAAGAGAUGGCUAAUGGGUUGGAGAGAAGUGGCCAAAGGUUCUUGUGGGUAGUGAAAAAUCUACCAUAUGAUGAGAAAAGCAAGCAGACAGAAGAUAUGGGGGAUUUUGAAUUGGAAGCCAUGUUGCCAGAGGGGUUCUUGAACAGAGUUAAAGAUAGAGCCAUGGUGGUGAAGUCAUGGGCACCACAAGUAGCAGUGCUGAAUCAUGACUCGGUCGGCGGGUUUGUUACGCAUUGUGGGUGGAACUCGGUGUUAGAAGCGGUGGUUGCCGGGGUACCGAUGGUGGGAUGGCCUCUAUAUGCAGAACAACAUCUGAAUAGGAAUAUAUUGGUGGAGGAUAUGAAGAUGGCAAUAGCAGUAGAGCAGAGGGAGGAAGAUGGAUUUGUGAGAGGAGAUGAGUUGGAGAGACGAUUGAGAGAGUUGAUGGAGUCCAACAAGGGGAAAAAAUUGAGAGAAAAGACCUGGGAAAUGAAACAGAAAAGUUUGGAGGCUUGGGCAGAGUCCGGUUCUUCCAUUAGAGCACUUGAUAAGUUAGUUGGGCAAUGGAAGUAAAACCUGCAAUUGCCAUGAUGAAAAUCGAGCUUUUCUUUUUUUCAAUGCAAGAGAGAUGAAAAAAAAAAUUCAUGGAAUAAAGUCUCCGACAGUCAUAGCGUCGAUCAAAUCUGAGUGUGUUUGUCCCUCGUUUGACUUGUUUUGGAAAAUACUACAUAUUUUGU